UGUUGAUAGUGUUAAAUAAGUACUGUUGUUGAUGACGUUAACGUUUAUAAGGAUUAAGCCUCUUGGUUGUGCAUGGAAUAUCUGUUAAAUAAGUAUUGUUGUUGAUUAAGUUCACGUUUAUAAGGAUUAAGUGUCUUGGAAGGAAAACCCUCGAUGUAAAAAGAAGAUUCUUUGUUUAGUUUCCCCCAGCCAUGCAGUACAAGGUGAAAUUUACCUUCCAUGGACAGUGUGGCUGAAAACAAGACACUUUUCAUCAAAGUUGAUAAUAAGACUUGUGCAACAUGUAAUAAUUUCUUACACAUUUACAGGAAAACUGUUCAAGGCAGUCUAUGAAAGGAGGAGAUAAUGAUUCUCCGCGCAGUUGCACUUCUCGUCAUCUCCUCUCUGCCAUCAGCCCUGCCCUCGAACAUCCUCUUCUGCCAGAUAGUUGCGACAAAAUCUCAUCGCAUCAUUGCUCUUCCUUUCCUUAAGCAGCUGGCGGAGAAUGGUCAUAAUGUGACCAUGAUUUCCCCGUUUCCUCCCGCCCUUGAAGGGGUGGAUAAUCUUCAUGAGAUCCAGCAUGGGUUUGCCGAGCUGGAAGAGCAACACAACCAGUUCCAAACCAGCUCCCUUUUUGGCGAGAUGACGAAAUACGCUCGUCUCCUGCCAAGACUGGCAAAGACAGCCUAUAGCACCCAGUGGUUCUCAGGCCUCUGGCAUUGGCGGCAGCACCUCGACUUGGUCAUUAUCGAUGGGGCUUUUAACGACCUCUGCCUGCCUUUCUUGGACGGCACCGCAGCGCCCCUGGUGUACGUCGACUCACCUGGCCUAGUUGUUCCCCACCAUGCUACCCUAGGCCAGAUCCACAACCCUGCCUCUGUUCCGUACCUCAUCACGCCUCUGAGCAUCAGCAGUGUUUGGGGUCGACUCCUCAACAUGUUUUUCUACGUCACUGGUUUUCCUGUGUGGAGGUUCAUUGUCAUAAGACCCACUGAGAAUGAGGUGCGAAAAAUUCAUCCUGAGGUCCAGUCCUUUUCUGAGCUUGAGAGGAAGCACCUGAGCCUCAUUUUGUCCAACUCUCACCACACUCUCGAUGGUCCUGUCCCUUUGUUGCCAAACGCGGUGGAGAUAGCUUGUUGCCAUUGUCAGCCGCCAAAGGAAUUACCUAAAAAUAUUGCAGACUUUGUAGCAGACACAGAAGACACCGGCAUCAUCUACAUCAGCCUUGGUUCACAUGUGAAAAGCUCCAACAUCCCAAGGCCAACUUUAAAUAGUAUCCUUAGGGCCUUAGAAAAGAUCCCUUACAAGGUGCUGUGGAAGUUUGACGAGGGCGAGAAUGAAGAACGAGAAAAGUUUCCGAAGAAUGUGAUGACACAAAAAUGGUUUCCACAGCAGGAUAUCUUAGGACACCGAAAUACAAAGGUCUUUGUGAGCCAAGGUGGAUUACUGAGUGUUCACGAAGCCAAGUACCAUGGCGUCCCCCUGGUGGUGCUUCCCCUCUAUGGUGACCAGCCCAGAAAUGCUUGGGCAGUGGAUGAAGGCGGCUAUGGAGUCCACCUGCCAUGGGAAGAUGUCACCGAAGAGUCCUUCCGAGAAUCUCUUUUAGAAGUUGCUACGAAUCCUGACUACCGUAGACGCAUUUCCCAAAUAUCACGGCUGGUGCAUGACCAGCCGGACUCCUCCAAGGAACGAGCUGUCUGGUGGCUGGAAUACCUCCUGCGGAAUGAGGGAGCAGCUCACCUCAACCAGGAGUCUUUUGCCAGAAAUCUCUCUUGGGUGCAGAUAUUGCUCUUGGAUGUGCUCUUGCUGGCUAUCUGUAUACUAGUAUUACUAGGACUUAUUGCUUGGUUUGUCCUCAAAAGGACAUUUUCCUCAGGGAAAUCCAAAGUUGACUAAAUUUUUUUAUUUGUUGAAAAUUUUCUGCCACAUCCAUAUCUUAGGUCAUUAGCAGCAUAUUCAUGCGUGAGGCUUAGGGGCCAAGCUUCCUGGUAAGGAAGUGCAAUAUGAUAUCAAAGGUCAUAUGGUAGCAUGGUAGUGAAAAAGGGUUGAGAGAGGAGCUGAUAGGGUAGAGCAUAAGGUAAAGGUUGUUAGGAGGGAAAGUUUAAUGUUGAGCCAGGUUGUGGGGGAAAAGGCUGUGUAAGUAUAUACAUGGGCUUCAUGGGUAACUGAUAUAGUGUAAUGCAUUUAUAUAUGAAAUAGGUGCUGUAUUUUUGUAAGAAAUAUUGAAGUUUAUUUUUGAUAUUCAUGAUAAUGAUAAAUUUAUCUAAUGAUAAUGAUCAAUUUAUCUAAUGAUAAUGAUCAAUUUAUCUAAUGAUAAUGAUAAAUUUAUCUAAUGAUAAUGAUAAAUUUAUCUAAUGAUAAUGAUUGAAAUUAUCUGUAAUAUAGUUAUAUACUGUGUAAGGUACAGAGUACUAGAAUUGGGCACCUAAUAAAUAUUGUUGAUUUAAACCAUGUAU